AUGGCGUCCCGGAGACUCGCUCUGAACCUUUCCAAGGGCCUCACCAAGAGGGCAUUCCCUUCGGCCCCUCUGCGACGAAACUUCGCUACUCCCGUUUCCGCGCCCAUCAAGACCCAGACCACCACCCUCAAGAAUGGCCUGACGGUCGCCACCCAACACUCCCCCUACGCGCAGACCUCCACUGUCGGCAUGUGGAUCGACGCCGGCUCGCGAGCAGAGACAGCAGAGACAAAUGGCACGGCGCACUUCCUCGAGCACUUGGCCUUCAAGGGCACGGCCAACCGGACACAACAACAACUUGAGCUCGAGAUCGAGAACCUCGGCGCGCACCUGAACGCCUACACCUCUCGCGAGAACACCGUAUACUUCGCCAAGGCCCUCAACGAGGACGUGCCGCAAUGUGUCGACAUCCUCGCCGAUAUCCUCCAGAACUCCAAGCUCGAGGCAUCCGCCAUCGAGCGGGAACGCGACGUCAUCCUGCGCGAGUCCGAGGAGGUCGAGAAGCAGAUCGAGGAGGUUGUCUUUGACCACCUUCACGCCACCGCCUUCCAGCACCAGCCUCUGGGCCGUACGAUCCUGGGACCUAAGGAGAACAUCCGUGACAUCACCCGGACCGAGCUCGUGAACUACAUCAAGAACAACUACACUGCCGACCGCAUGGUCCUCGUAGGUGCUGGUGGCAUCCCCCACGACACCCUCGUCGAGCUCGCCGACAAGAACUUUGCCAAGCUGUCUGCAAAGUCCCCCGAGACCCACGCCUACCUCCUCUCCAAGAAGAAGCCCGAGUUCAUUGGAUCUGAUGUCCGGAUACGCGACGACACCAUCCCUACCGCCAACAUUGCCAUUGCGGUGGAGGGUGUUAGCUGGAACGACGACGACUACUUCACUGCUCUGGUCGCCCAGGCUAUCGUUGGCAACUACGACAAGGCUCUGGGCAACGCUCCUCACCAGGGCAGCAAGCUCAGCGGCUUCGUUCACAAGAACGACCUGGCCAACAGCUUCAUGAGCUUCUCUACAAGCUACAGCGACACUGGUCUCUGGGGCAUUUACCUCGUGACCGACAAGCUCACCCGCGUCGACGACCUCGUGCAUUUCGCCAUGCGCGAGUGGUCUCGCCUCUCCCAGUCCGUUACCGAAGCCGAGGUCGAGCGCGCCAAGGCCCAGCUGAAGGCUUCCAUCCUGCUGUCCCUGGACGGCACCACCGCCCUGGCUGAGGACAUUGGCCGACAGAUCGUCACCACUGGCCGACGGAUGAGCCCUGGCGAGAUCGAGCGAACCAUCGACGCUGUCUCUGCCAACGACGUCAUCAGCUUCGCACAGAGGAGGAUCUGGGAUCAGGAUGUCGCUGUUUCUGCUGUCGGCAGCAUCGAGGGUCUGUUCGAUUACCAGAGGCUCCGUGGCGACAUGAGCAGGAUGUUCUCUUAA